GGUCACACCAGUCUGAAAGGGAACUGUUCAAGGCUUUUGUUAACAAUAUUCAUUCUUUUGGACCAGACUACAACAUGUCAUAUUCCAAGUUCGAUACCUCACUUCCGAUGCCUCUAAAAUGUCCCCAUGCAAAAUCCUGCAAGGGUGGAAUUGACUCAGAAUGCCAUCAUGGAUAUGAAGGGACUUUGUGUGCAACCUGUUCUAGCGGAUUUUAUUUCCGCUUCCAUUCAUGUUUGAAAUGUCCUCACUUAACUGUAACAGUGACCUCAUCUAGUUUGGUAAUUGCUCUUUUUGUUGCUGUGUUCCUACUUGUUCUUUGGGGUGACUCCAAACGUACAGAGAAUAACCGAACCGUUGCAGAUGUCAUCAUGUCAUGCUUCAAGAUUGUGAUUGGUUUUUACCAAGUCAUCGCUGGUAUUUUCUCGGCUUUGGCGAAAGUUCGUUGGCCAAUCACUUUGAUUUCAAUGGAGAAGUUUCUAAAAGUAUUUGAGGGGAACAUUUUGCAGUUUGCUCCACUUAGCUGCAUUGAUUCUUCUCUGCGGUUGGAUCAACUUGGGAAGUUUACAUUGAUCAUUACCUUGAAUGUCCUACUCGUUGGCUUGCUUUUCUUGUAUCUAUUCCUGAAAAAGCGCUACAUCAUGAACAAGAGGGACCUUAGCGAAAGCCAAAAAGUAACGGAAAUUAAGGCUUUGAAGAAAUCUUGCUAUCGCAACAUUUUCCUCUUGUUAUUGACGACCUACCCCACGACAAGCAAAUCGAUAAUUCAGAUUCUUCCUCUUCCUGGAGCGUGUGUAGAAACGUGUUUCACGGACGACAAGAGCGACUGUGACUUCCUGCUGAGAGCUGACUACUCUAUCCAGUGUUUCACUCCUCGCCACAGCUUGUAUUGGCUCAUAGCCUCUAUUUUGGCAUUAUAUCCCGUGGGAUUUCCACUUCUUGUUUUGUUUCUCAUUUACAUAUAUCGCGAGUCCCAGGAAGACAAAGAAAUUGCUUUCGGACUUCGAGUGUUCUUUGAAAACUAUAAGAAGAAAUUUUGGUUUUGGGAAGUCACAGAGAUGUAUCGCAAGCUGAUUCUAAUCUCGUUGAUUUUCCUGUUUGGAUCCAAAAGCCUCACCCAAAUCAGCCUUACAAUUCUUACAGUCAGCGUCUUUGGAGUGGUCUACACCUUAUUCCGACCAAUCAAGGACAAGUUUGAAGAUCGCUUACAAACAUUUGUCCUUUGGAUCAUUUUCUUUGACGUUUGUCUUGGUGCAGUUUACACAAACUGGGAUGAGAGUCAAGGAGAGGGCAAGAGCGAUUCUAUGUUUGUGAAUUUCAUCUUUGUAGCUCUCAACGCCUCUGUACUGAUGCUCGCCAUCGGGAGAGGAGUUACACAUAUGAAGAUAUUCAAGAAGUAUGUUUUCUUCGGUCCAAUGCGAUGCUGCAGUUCCUUCGUCAAAAAGUUGUACGUCUUAAAAAUGAAGCGGUCACAAGAACGGGAACAUCUGAUGAACUGUCCCACUUCAUCGAAGAAAGUGACUGAGGAAACCUUCCCGAAUAAUUUUUUUGAGCCCUCCACAAUCAGGGACCUGUGAGCGGUGGGGGAUUUGGUUGACCCCCCUCCCCUUACUGGCAGUUCAUAAGAAGUCCAUUUUCUAUGGAUAUAUUUAGAGUAGGGAGAUUUCUAGAGAACCACUCAGAAACUGUUCGUAAAUCAUCGUCGUUCCAAUCAUCGAACGCGGAGUCAAUGUCAUCCUUGUUUAGUGCUUGGUCCCAUUCAAUAUCUCUCAAGUCAAUCAGAAAUUCCUGCUUCGAAUAAUUCUUGUAUGACCAAUAUUCAAUGGUUCUUUCUGGAGCCUUGGGAACACAUACAUACAUAUGUUAAUUGACCACUCCCCAUGGGGGCUUUUCAGUUACAAUUCACACCCAGCAACCACCCCAGAUUUCAACCACCCGGGGAUUUCAAAAUAAAAAAUUUAUUUUGAAAUCCCCGAGCAAAACAAGCUGGGUCUUCUCAGGCACAGAAGACAUAGAUGUAUUUAAAUCUUGAAAAAAAGUUUCCAUAUUCAAUCAGGUGCUCUGUAGAUUGUCCAGAUAAUCAGUUUCUUGCAUUUAGGCCGAGAGCUUUUCAAACCUACCUGUGUAUUUGCGUUCUUUCUUUUUUUUUUUUACAUUGUCAGCGCGUUAUUAAGUACCUGUUAACAUUCGGUAAAAUGGAAAUGCAUGAAUGCUUAACUAGCCAGCAUGUAAAAACAAUGCAUAAAAGUAUAAAGUAAAUGUAGUUGAAGUCACAGAGAUUCUUUUAGUAAUUAGUAAUCAGUUGUAACUAUAUCUUCUCCCAUCUUUUGAGGAUAUGAAUAAAGAAAAUACUUUUAGCAUA